AUGGCGAAUAUCGACUAUAUGAUGGAUCCGGGAUGGAAGUACCUGCGGCAGGCUCAGGAUGAGGCUUUGAAGGAGCAAGCUGCUCGUCGCUUUGACAACAAGACUCAUGCCUGGGUCCCGGAUGCUGCCGAAGGAUUCGUUGCUGCUGCAAUUGCAGUCCAAGAGGGCGACAAUUUGACGCUGACGAUGCCAUCUGAUGGAUCGCAGAAAAGAUUGACAAGAUCCGAAGUUCAGGAAAUCAAUCCGGCCAAGUUUGAGAAGACGGAGGAUAUGAGCAAUUUGACUUUCUUGAAUGAGGCGUCCGUGUUGCAUAACCUUCGACAGAGAUACUAUUCAAUGAUGAUUUAUACGUAUUCCGGUCUAUUCUGCGUCUUCAUCAACCCAUACAAAAUGCUUCCAAUAUACACUGACUCUGUCGCCUCAAUGUAUGUGAACAAGAGACGUGCCGAGAUGCCACCUCAUCUGUUUGCUGUGUCUGAUGAGGCAUUUAGGAAUAUGAUGUCGGGUAGGAGCUUAGAAUUGUUGCAUUUUCAGAUUUUUCUGAAAUUUUCAGACAAGGAAAAUCAAUCAAUGUUGAUCACCGGAGAAUCGGGAGCUGGAAAAACUGAAAACACCAAAAAAGUUAUCGCCUACUUUGCCAUGAUUGGUUCUGGAAACAAGGAUCAGAAAUCGGAAUCCUCUCUGGAAAACCAAGUUGUGCAAGCCAACCCGGCUAUCGAGGCGUUUGGAAAUGGAGCCACGACAAGAAACUACAACUCGUCGCGUUAUGGAAAAUUCAUUCGAAUCCAUUUUGAUAGAAAGGGACGUCUGGUGGGAGGAGAUAUUGAGCAUUACCUUCUCGAAAAGUCUCGUGUCAUCAAGCAAGCGCCCGGCGAGCGCUCCUAUCACAUCUUCUAUCAAAUCAUGACUCAAAAAGCGUUGAGAGGUAAUGACAACAUUCGCGACUACAAAUUCGUGUCGCAAGCUGAGAUUACGGUACCCGGAAUGAAUGAUACAGAGGAGUGGGGGAUUACCGAUACUGCAUUCAACGUGAUGGGCUUCUCGGAACGCGAGAAGGACGAUCUGUACAAACUGUGUUCGGCCAUCAUGCACAUUGGAAAUUCGACUUUUAAACAGAAGCCAAGAGAUGAGCAAGCCGAGGUGGAUGAUAUGAAAAGCCCCACUGCUGCUUGUAAGUUGUUUGGAAUUGAUACAGAUCAAUUUUUGAAUGCUUUGACUCGCCCCAGAAUCAAGGUUGGAAUGGAAUGGGUCAACAAGGGCCAGAAUGUUCAACAGGUCGACUGGGCGGUUGGCGCGUUGUCCAAAGCGAUCUACGCGAGAAUGUUCCAUUGGUUGAUUAAGCGAGUCAAUAAGACACUUCAAGCCAACUCCGAUGAUAUGGUUUACUAUAUUGGAGUUUUGGAUAUCGCUGGAUUUGAGAUUUUUGAUCGCAACUCCUUCGAACAACUGUGGAUCAACUUUGUCAAUGAAAAGCUGCAACAAUUCUUUAACCAUCACAUGUUUGUUCUGGAACAAGAAGAAUAUCAAAGAGAGGGUAUCGAAUGGACCUUCAUCGAUUUUGGAUUGGAUUUGCAGUCUUGUAUCGAGCUGAUUGAGAAGCCCCUGGGAAUCGUCUCAAUGCUUGAUGAGGAGUGUAUCGUUCCAAAAGCCACUGAUAUGACAUAUGUCGACAAACUGCUCACUCAACAUCUCGGAAAACAUCCUAACUUCCAAAAAGCCAAACCUCCAAAAGGCAAACAAGCUGACGCUCACUUUGCCAUUGUUCAUUACGCUGGAACUGUCAGAUAUAAUGCUGAGCAAUGGUUGGAUAAGAAUAAGGAUCCACUCAACGAUUCGGCUGUUGCCAUUCUGAAGACAAGUGAUAAGGAAGGGGUACUGUAUCAGCUGUGGGAGGACUAUCAGACUGAUGUCGAUCGAGAGGAGAGUGAGAAGCGAGGAAAAACGACGCAAGCGAAGAAGAAGGGAAAAUCGGCAUCUUUCUUGACGGUGUCUACUAUGUAUAGAGAGUCUUUGACUUCUCUAAUGACUAUGCUUCAUACAACGCAUCCGCAUUUUAUCAGAUGCAUCAUCCCUAACGAAAAGAAGACGUCUGGACUCAUUGACGCACCUCUAGUGCUCAACCAACUCACAUGCAACGGUGUUCUGGAAGGAAUUCGCAUCUGUCGAAAAGGGUUCCCGAAUCGUAUGAUGUUCGCGGACUUCCGCUUCCGCUACGCAAUUUUGGCUGCCGAUGAGGCGUCGGAGAAAGAUGCGGCGAAGGCUUCCAAGGCGAUGCUCCGUAAGCUGAGCAAGAGCAAUCAAUUGAAUGUGGACACGUUCAAAGUGGGAACCACGAAGAUAUUCUUCAAAGCCGGCAUGCUGGCUCGUCUGGAAGAACUUCGUGACGAGGCUCUGUCGGCUGUCAUCCUCAAGUUCCAGUGCUCCGCCCGUCAUUAUCUUGCUCAGGUCGAAUACAAACGACGGCUCGAUCGCGAAGACGCCUAUCCGAUUAUCCAGGAGAACGUGAGAGCUUGGAUUAAGCUACGCUCUUGGCCCUGGUACCGUCUGUUCUCUCGUCUCAAGCCGAUGCUCAAGGGAAUGAAGUCGAACGCAGAAAUCGAAGCUUUGGAGAAGAAAUGCAAGGAACUGGAGGAGAAUCACAAGAGAGAGGAGGAGGCCAGAAAGAAAUAUGCCGAUGAGUUGAGAGCGAAAAUCGAUCAAUACGAGGAGACAAAGGCGGCGUUGGAGCGUGAUCGUAUGCUUCUGGAUAAGCGAAACAAGGAAAUUGAGGAGCUGAACAGAAAUCUGAAAGCCGAGUCCGAGUCGAACUAUGAGAACGCGAAGAAGGCGGCGGAAUUGGAGAAAUUGAGAGAGAAAGAGAGAAAAGAGUGGGAUGAGAAGGAGAGAAGAAUGCAAAUGGAAGCUGAGAACGAAACGAAUCAGCAUAAAACUCAAACUGAGAAGUUGAAGGAUCAAAUUGCGUCGAUGCAAACCGAUUAUGAUAAGUUGUCGGCGCAAAGAAAGGCUCAGGAGCAAAUGAACGCGGAGCUCGUCGACGAAGUUGCCUUAUUGAAGAACAAAGCCGAACGUGCCGAGGAACAGAAAAAGAAGUUGGUCGAGGAUCUGGACGCCAUGGAUGAUAAAUUGGCAGCCGAGAAACGAGCCAACAAUGAGCAUGUAAAGCACAACAAAAAGUUGGAGGCUUCGCUGAAGGCUACGCAGACUCAAUUGACAUUGGCACUCAAGGAGAAACACGAGAACGAUGUGGAUUGUAAGAGACGCGAAUCUGAAAUCGGAGAGCUGAAACUCAAAGCUCAAGGAGACGCAAAUCUAAUCUCGAAGCUUCAAGCAAUGCUCCGUCGUUGUAUUUCGAGAAUCGAGGAGCUGGAAGAAGAUCUUCUGGAAGAGAGAAAACUCCGAAUGAAAGCGGAGAGACAAUUCAAUGAGCUCCGUUCGGAAUUCGAUGUGCUCACGGAGCAAAUGGCUGAGGCCAGUGGACAAUUGACAGCUGAAGCUCAUAUUAAUAAGGUCCGUGCAGAAGAGGUGUCCAUGUUGAGACGGGACCUUCAGAAGAGAAAUUUGAAUCAUGAAGCUUAUAUUUCGGAUCUGUGCAAUAUGCAAUACGCCACUGUCAACAAUUUGAGAAAUUUGAGUCAACAGUCCUCGGCCCUCGAAACCGAAGCUCUUCGUAUUCUGGACCAUCGUCGUGCGAUCAGCAAACAACCACUUCCAAGAGUCUACGUCGAAGACCCGGAUAGUGAUUUGGAAUGA